GGGGGAUCUGGUGCCAAGUAAGUAGGUUGUGAUGAUCAGGACGUAAACAAUGUCUUGAAUGGGGGAAGGGUUGAAUAAAUAAACAUUCUAAAAAAAAAUUUUUUUUUUGCAGUAGGUUUUCCUCAUACCAAACAUUCAGGGCGUGCUCAAUCUGAAUCUGCCGGAGAGAGAAACACACACAGUAUAACUCUGCUCAGCUCUAAUUAAAGAACUUUAACUUUAAUUUAAAAGCGUUUCAGGUCCUGACAGUAAUGUUCUGCAGGUGAAAUGGACGAGUUCUUCUUAGUGCUGCUUCUGGCUGCUGGACUGAAAGCUCUUCAGAUUGAGGGACCCUCUGGUCCUCUGGUGGUCCAGCUCGGGGGUGAUGUGGUUCUGCCGUGUUAUACUCAGGACCCCGUCCCUCUGCAGGGUCUCAGAGUGGAAUGGAGAUCAGACUCAGACUCUGAAGAAUCUGUAGUGAACGUUUUCCAGCAGAACGAGAUCAGAUCAGAUCUGCAGAGUCCGGCCUUCAGGGGCAGAGUGAACUUCUUCCCAGAUCAGAUUUCCAGAGGGAACUUCUCCAUCUUCCUCAGUAACAUCAGGACAGAGGAUGCAGGAGUUUACAGCUGUAAAGUUUACACAGAUCAGGACUCCAGUGAGACCACAGUGGAAAUUAAAGACAUUGAGCGGUUUGUGGUGAUUGGUGCACAUCACCCGGUCGUGGCGUCUGUAGGCGAAGAGGUUAUACUGAACUGCUCUGUAGACUCUCAUAUACCCGUCCACCUGCUGGAGGAGGUAACCUGGACCAAACACCCUGACAUUUUGGUUCUGCUCUUCCAAGAAAACGAGACCCUCUCAGAAGCUUCAAACGAUCGUUACCAGGGAAGAGCCGAGUUCUUCAGCUCAGAAAUCCCUCGAGGGAACUUCUCACUGAGGCUGAAGGACGUUAGGCUGGAGGAUAAGGGGGAAUUCAUCUGUGCUGCUCAUGCUGCUGAUCUCUCAGCUCAAACCACUGUGCUCAUCCAGCAAAUGGGUUUCUCUUCUCUUCAGAAAUGCAUACUGGUGUUGUGUUUUAUUGCAUCAUCACUUGCAUUUGGAUUAGGAAUUCCUGUUUCCAUCCUUUUGUGGAAAGAAGCUGCAACCAGACGAGUCCUGGCCAUGUAUUUACUGCAGGCCUUUUGUCCAAACCUCUGCAUGUUCAUUGGUUUUGUACUGUGGUCAAAAGAAGGGCUUCUAAAUGAGGUCGUAGUUUGUGCAGCUGUUAUUUUUGCACGGCCUCUGAUACUGAUGAAGACUGCUCCUUAUCUUAACACACUUCCAGAACGAUUGGUGAAAGAAGUAAAACGUUUGGGUUUUCCUCUUCAUUGCAUCAUUAUAAUGAUGGCUGUGUUCUCAGUUGAGUUUGCUCAUUAUGAAGAAGGGACUUUUGGUCUGUUUGAAAGUAGCACAAUGUUGAUAACAAAUGCAGUGUUAUCUGUUGGUGCUGUUGUUUCAGCUAAAUAUGCAUGCCGGACAUUUUCAUUCCUGUGCCUGGUGAUAUGCAACAUUAACCUGUUGAUUAUGUCUCUCUAUUCUGAAACAACUGAAUCACCAGCCAUGGUUACGGCAACAUCCUCAUUUGUCGUAGGGAUGGUUUUGCUUUUCUCACUACAGAGACACGUCUUUCAGCUGAAACCAUUUACACGUCUCCAUAUCGGUCUCUUAUCUGCUGUUGUAGCUGCUGCCUGCAUAUUUCUCACAGUAUGUUCUGUAUUUGUUGGCAUUUACUUAGGAAACUUUGUAAAUACAUGGAAGUUUCAAUUUACAGCAGGAAUAUACAUCAUUCUCUGGGUUGCUCUAGUGCUUGUUGUGCGUCGACAACAUAAAAACAAUAAAGACAGAUUCUGCGCUAAAUGGAGAGGCCUGGGAUAUAUGUGCUGUGCCGUGCUUAUCUCAAUAUCUAUUCUUGCAAAUGGUUUGUUGUAUGUUUACUAUAUAAAGGACAAAAUGAAAUCAAAAGAUUCUUCUGGAUACUUGGCUGUAAUGGCACUGCUGCAUAUUGUGCCUCCUGGAUCCCUGUUUGUUCACCCAAGAAAAAUACCCAAGAUUCCUCAUUUUAUACUUUACAUGUUUGGAGCUUCAGGACUGAGUAUUGUAACUUCCCUCACUCUGGCCACGGAACUGAUCUUAAAAGGAGGAACAGGAGGACAGACUCUCCCGGAAAUGCAUGUCAUCAUCCUACCGUUUGAGUCACUCUACAUUGUUGUUUGGCUUUGUUUGCAAAUUCAUGAUUUCUGGAUGAGAAAGAAAGACAGAAUAAAGAGGAAUUUUGAAGACGGAGAGGAAGCACAGCCUCAGGCUGCUGCAGAGGGUACAGAACUAGAGACUCCUCUCACUAAGACACCCAAGCCCUGAGCAUCCACUGAAGAAGAAGAUUAUCUUAAACCUGGAGCUACUGAACACACUGAGCAGACCUCCGUUUUGCUGCAGACAAGUUUUUGACUUCAUUACACUGUAAUACAAUUUCCAGAGUCUUUCUAAACUCAUAAGUGACUCUAAAACUAAUCAGAACUACUGAAUUCAGAGUUUAUAUACAGGGUUUACAACCUUAUGUGAACAAGCAAUGAUUAGUCAUGUUGAAGGACUAAAAAGAGAGAAUGAUGGGUGUGUUUUGGGUGUAACGUCAAAUAAACCAAUCAGCGUGUCACUUGCCUUUUCCAUUUAAGAGCCAGAUGCUCUAUGACUUUGGCUGUUUGCUAUUUUAACGGCACAGCUACCUGUGUUGAUAUAGAAUAGUCUUAUUUAAUGUUGUAUUCUGUUUAUUGUAGAUGUAAAAGUUUGUAUAGCUGCCAACUAGCAUGCACUACGGUUUUGUGCACUAUUGUGUCUCCAUGUGUAUGUAACAAGUGGAGGUGUAUGUACAUUGGGUUUGUAUCUGUGUUGACAUUUCACUGCCAAGAUAGCAAUGAACGUCUGACUGUUGGCGUCUGUUUUGGUGUCUAGGUUGUAUUCAGUCAGUGGAGCUCCUGUGUUUCCCAUUGCAAAGAUAGCAAUACUCCAGAAAUGUACCUGAACACACCUCAUUUCCAGACCACCACACCCAUCAGUGUAGAUAUAUUCAGAAGUGCUGUUGCUAUUUAAACAAUGCAGAUAGAAGGUGUGAAAAUGGACUGUUGGCAGGGUGUAAGAUAGCAAUAAACAGGGGGUAAAAUGUGGCCCUAUAUGUACACUACAGUAGAGAGUGUGUUGAGGUUCUUAGCUUUAUGGUUCAACCCAAUUAACAUUGAUAUGUUGGAUUUGUUGAUAGGCUGGAGAGGGGCAUAAUGUUUAAAAAGUCUAGGAAUAUGUUUGUUUGAAAAGGGUUACAAACUCAGCUUUUCUACUAGCAGCAUCUGUAAAUUUUAGAGGAUAAUUAUAUGUCAUUGUAAAAAAUUUAUUUUUUGCACUAUAAGGCUCAGCGGAUUAUAAGGCGCAUUAAGUGACACUAGUAAGGAACUGGGGUGUUGCCACAAUUCCCAUCUAAUUCAGCAGGUUUCACUGCUGGGUGGUGAGACCUGUAAAAGUAAACUAAGCUACAUAAACAAAACCUAAAAAUUCUAUUAAACAAAACUAUAAUCUACACAGAUCCUUUUCCUGAAAACUGUUUAUUUGGCUGAGUAAAUCGCUUCCGUUUAUUCACAGUAAGCUUAGAUUUCCAGAUUUCCACUAAGGCUAGCCACGGUUAUCGGCUAAUGCCACCCAACAGAGCUAUGCUGAGGAACUCUGAGUGUUCCGAUAAGCCAGGGAGAUAUUAGCUAGUGAUUUGUCCCACUUAUCUUGAUUUAAUACGGUAAACAUGCAGACUACAU